AAGGGAGAAGGGGCUGCAUUCUAUAGGACUCUUCCCUGGUUGGAUAAGGGAAGGCCUGGAUACACAAGUCCUGUUGAUCCGGGCCCACCCACUUGCCUAUAGAGGGUCUCAUCUAACGGCUUUUGCCUACUGUCUUGGAGCACAGAACUACUAUUGGCCUGCAGUGGACGAAAGAGUGAGCUGUGUCCUGGAGUUAAAUCAGGAGGCUGACGCUGACUCCUGGCUUCACCUCUCAGAUGUGAAGAAGCUCAAGCUAAAUUUAGCUUGAGUUGGGGCAUGUGUGUCCAGAGGCCAGGUUAAGAAGACAGCCGGCUUGGCUCUAGUUCUCUGAGGAAGAGUAGGAGGUUAAAUAGAUUGUGCAUCCUGGAGACAUUGGAAGCUUCUCUGCCUUGCGCAGGAAAGGCAGGAUCCUUAGUGCUGGCACCUUCAACAGUAGUAUCCCCCCAACCCCCAAAACGAUACCACACACCCAUAGGCCAACUUAUGCUGAGCUAGCUACAGCUUCCCCUUCGCAGCAGCCGUUUCAGGAAGUAACCUCCCUUCCCCUCUGAAGCACUCUAUCAGCCUCUAGCCCCUUGCAAGCCACCGGCCAGGCUUCUUCCCACCUUCAACACCCUGGGGCACCUCAGGACUCUUGGGGCUUCCACUCCCCAGGGUCAGGCCAUGGAGGCAGAUGCAGUGAGUGAAGGGGGGGCCAUGGCGGAGGAGCGGCCUCCCCGGUUGGUGGAUUACUUCGUGGUGGCUGGGCUUGCAGGAAAUGGAGCACCUAUACCUGAGGAGACAUGGGUUCCCGAACCUACUGGGCCCCUGCGCCCUCCCCGGCCAGCUGAACCUAUUACAGAUGUGGCAGUCAUCGCUAGGGCACUGGGAGAGGAGGUGCCCCAGGGCUAUACAUGCAUUCAGACUUCUGCUGGUGGCCACCCCUUGGAGCUCAGUGCUGGGCUCCUGGGUGGAACUCAACCAGUCAUCUGCUACCGCAGGGGGCGUGACAAGCCCCCCCUCGUUGAGCUGGGGGUGUUAUAUGAAGGGAAGGAACGACCCAAGCCUGGGUUCCAAGUGCUUGACACGACACCAUAUAGCCACUCAGCUAACCUUGCCCCUCCAGGCCCUGGGCACCCCCGAACCUACCUCAUGUACCGGCGGGCAGCAGAAGGGGCAGGGCUGCAUGCCCUGGGCAUCACUGACCUCUGCCUGGUUCUGCCCAGCAAGGGUGAGGGCACUCCUCAUACUUACUGCCGGUUAUCCCGCAAUCUCAACCCUGGCAUGUGGGGCCCAGCAGUGUACCUGUGCUACAAGGUGGGCCUGGCCAAGGCCAACACACUGGUGUAUGAGGCAGAGCUGCUGGGCCGCUACCCAGAGGAAGACAAUGAGGCAUUUCCACUGCCUGAGUCAGUACCAGUCUUCUGCCUGCCCAUGGGGGCCACUAUCGAGUGCUGGCCUGCCCAGACCAAGUACCCAGUACCUGUCUUCUCCACCUUUGUGCUCACGGGUGCUGCUGGUGAUAAGGUGUAUGGUGCCGCUUUGCAGUUCUAUGAAGCAUUCCCCAGGGCCAGGCUGUCAGAGAGGCAGGCACGGGCACUGGGCCUGCUGAGUGCUGUGGAACGGGGCCGGGCACUGGGAGGCCGAGCAGUGCGGAGCCGGCGUGCCAUUGCUGUGCUGUCCCGCUGGCCUGCCUUCCCAGCCUUCCGAGCCUUCCUCACCUUCCUUUACCGCUACUCUGUCUCAGGCCCCCAUCGUCUGCCCUUGGAAGCGCACAUCUCCCACUUCAUUCACAACGUCCCGUUCCCUUCCCCACAGAGACCACGCAUCCUAGUGCAGAUGUCUCCCUAUGACAACCUGCUCCUCUGUCAACCUGUCUCCUCACCCCUGCCCCUCAGUGGUGCUAGCUUUUUGCAGCUGCUGCAGAACCUGGGCCCAGAACUGGCUAUUACAUUGCUGCUGGCUGUGCUCACGGAGCACAAACUACUGGUCCAUUCUCUGCGGCCAGAUCUGCUCACCAGCGUUUGCGAGGCCCUUGUUUCAAUGAUUUUUCCUCUGCACUGGCAGUGCCCCUACAUUCCGCUGUGCCCGCUAGUGCUGGCGGAUGUGCUGAGUGCCCCUGUGCCCUUCAUUGUGGGUAUCCACUCCAGCUAUUUCGAUCUGCAUGACCCGCCUGCUGACGUCAUCUGUGUUGAUCUUGAUACCAACACGCUCUUCCAAACAGAGGAAAAGAAGCCCCUUUCUGCUAGGACCCUGCCCCGAAGACCAUACAAGCUUUUGCUGGCCACACUGACAAAUCUGUACCAGCAGCUGGACCAGACUUACACUGGACCAGAGGAAGAGGCCUCCCUGGAAUUCCUGCUGACAGACUAUGAGGCAGUGUGCGGCCGCAGGACUCGCCUGGAACGGGAAGUCCAGGGAGCCUUUCUGCGCUUCAUGGCAUGUCUGCUCAAAGGCUACCGGAACUUCCUUCGCCCUCUCACCCAGGCCCCCUCUGAGGGAUCUCGAGAUGUUGACAACCUUUUCUACCUUCAGGGUUUCCUCAAGUCCCGGGAACGCUCAAGCCACAAGCUGUACUCUCAGCUGCUGCACACACAGAUGUUCUCCCAGUUCAUUGAGGAGUGCUCUUUUGGCUCUGCCCGGCAUGCAGCCCUGGAGUUCUUUGACUCUUGUGUUGAUAAGGUCCACCCAGAGCAGGAGAAGCCUGAGCCAACACCCUUAGUGGAGCUGGAGGAACUAUCAGGAAGUGAGCUCACUGUCUUUAUCACACCCCCAGAGGAACCACCAGUACUGGAAGGCAGUGAAUCUACUCCUCAGUACUGCUAUGAUGGGUUUCCGGAACUAAAGGCUGAGCUAUUUGAGUCUCCUCAGGAAGAACAGGGGGCCCUCCCUGUGCCAGGCCCAUCCCGUAGUGCCCCCAGCAGUCCUGCACCUCGCCGUACCAAACAGGAGAUGAAGGUUGCACAGCGAAUGGCACAGAAGUCAGCCACUGUGCCUGAGCUGUGGGCCCGGUGCCUACUAGGUCACUGCUAUGGACUGUGGUUCUUAUGCCUGCCUGCCUAUGUGCGUUCCAAACCCUCCCGGGUGCGAGCGUUACAUACAGCCUACCAUGUGUUACGUGAAAUGGAAAGCCGCAAGGUGGUGCUCCCUGAUGAGGUAUGUUACCGGGUACUGCUGCAGCUCUGCUCACACUAUGGGCAGCCCGUGCUGUCUGUACGAGUCAUGCUAGAGAUGCGACGGGCAGGCAUUGUGCCCAACACCAUCACCUACGGUUACUACAACAAGGCUGUGCUGGAAAGCAAAUGGCCAUCUGGUACUCCGGGUGGACGCCUACGCUGGGCCAAGCUCCGGAAUGUUGUCUUGGGGGCUGCUCAGUUCCGCCAGCCCUUAAAGGACCGAAGGCAGCAACAGCAACAACAGCAGCAACAGCAGCAGCAGCAGCAGCGACAGGUGGCCGAGCAGCAAAUGUCUGGCAGCUCUCAGACAGAGCCCUAUCUGGAUCGUCCCUCCCCUCCCCGUCCUCUUCAGCGCCAGACUACUUGGGCUGGGCAAAGUCUACGGGGAUCAUCUUCACCCACAGGGCGCCUGGUCAAGAGCGGCAGCCUAGGCAGUGCCCGCGGGGCACAGCCCACUGUGGAGGCUGGUGUGGCUCACAUGAUAGAGGCCUUGGGGGUCCUCGAACCCCGCGGAUCACCUGUGCCUUGGCAGGAUGGAAGUCUCUCAGACCUAAGUCUGACAGGCGAAGAACUGGCACCUGGAGGCAGCCCGGGGGGCUCAGGCUCAGCCCUGAGUGCCCAGUCCACUGAGACCCUAGAAGGGAUAAGUGGGCGGGGUUCCAAAACUAGUGGAUGUCAGGAGGAGGUGGGCACCCCCCGAAAAGGGCUGGGUGCCCGCCUCCAACAACUGCUCACCCCUUCCCGCCGCUCCUCUGCUUCCCGCAUCCCCCCACCUGAGUUGCCCCCUGACCUGCCUCCUGCAGCCCGCAGAAGUCCCAUGGAUAGUCUUCUGUGGCCCCGAGAACGCCCUGGAUCCACUGCUUCUGAGAGUUCUGCUUCUCUGGGCAGUGAGUGGGAUGUCUCAGAGUCUUCUCUCAGCAGCCUGAGUCUUCGCCGUUCCUCAGAGCGUCUUAGUGACACCCCUGGAGCUUUCCAACCACCCUCCCUGGAAAUUCUGAUGUCUAGCUGUUCCUUGUGCCAUGCCUGUGAUUCCCUGGUGUACGAUGAGGAAAUCAUGGCUGGCUGGGCACCUGAUGACUCUAACCUCAAUACAACUUGUCCGUUCUGCGCCUGUCCCUUUGUGCCCCUGCUCAGUGUCCAGACUCUUGAUUCUCGACCCAGUGCGCCUAGUCCAAAGUCUGCCCUUGCUGGUGCCAGUGGCUGCAAAGAUGCUCCUGUCCCUGGGGGUCCUGGCCCUGUGCUCAGUGACCGGAGGCUGUGCCUUGCCCUGGAUGAACCCCAGCUCUGCAAUGGGCAUAUGGGGAGUGCUUCCCGGCGAGUUGAGAAUGGGGCAUGGGCAUACCUGAGCCCUCUGGUGCUGCGUAAGGAACUAGAAUCCCUGGUAGAGAAUGAGGGUAGUGAGGUGUUGGCAUUGCCUGAACUGCCUGCUGCCCACCCUAUCAUCUUCUGGAACCUCCUGUGGUAUUUCCAACGGCUACGCCUGCCUAGUAUUCUACCAGGCCUGGUGUUGGCCUCCUGUAAUGGGCCUCCACCCAGCCAGCUCUCCCAGGGACCAUCUCCAUGGCUAACUCCUGACCCAGCCUCUGUGCAUGUGCGUCUGCUGUGGGAUGUCCUGACCCCUGAUCCCAACAGCUGCCCACCUCUCUACGUGCUCUGGAGGGUCCACAGUGAGUUGGUACUUGAUGUAGGAGCUAAAGGGAUGGGCUCCUCUCCUGGUUUGGUGAUCCUGGCGACCCUUCUUUCCUUCCAUCCAGGCCAGAUCCCACAGCGGGUGGUGUGGCCAGGCCCAGUACCCUCAUGUCUUAGCUUGGCACUACUGGAGUCAGUGCUGCGCCAUGUUGGACUCAAUGAGGUUCAUAAAGCUGUUGGGCUUCUGCUGGAGACUCUAGGGCCCCCUCCCACUGGCCUGCACCUGCAGAGGGGAAUCUACCGUGAGAUCCUAUUUCUGACCAUGGCUGCUCUGGGCAAGGACCACGUAGAUAUAGUGGCCUUCGACAAGAAGUACAAGUCUGCCUUUAACAAGCUGGCUGGCAGCAUCGGCAAGGAGGAGCUGAGGCAGCGGCGGGCACAGAUGCCUACUCCCAAGGCCAUCGACUGCCGAAAGUGUUUUGGAGCACCUCUGGAAUGUUAGGGACACCUAAGCUCCCCUCUCCAGCCUUGGGUGGAGAGGUACCACAGUGGUCAGACAGGAUGUUGGAUCCCUUGGAGAUGGAGUUACAGGCAGGAAGUUGUGAACUGCCCGAUGUGGACGCUGAGAACUAAACCUGAGUCAAGAAAGAACAGUAAGCACUUUUAACUGCUGAGCAGUCAAUCCAGCCCCCUAGCCAUUAUUUUUCUACUCUCAGACCCAUUUGGAAUUUUCUCUUUUUCCUGUAUAAUGAAAUAAACACAGGAAACAACUCCUAGCAGAACCACAAAACCAAUUACCACAGGGAAUUAGCUAACAAAACAAAUGCCUUGGGGAAAAGGGCAGGGGUAUUAAUGAAGGACAUGAUUUACAUAAAAUUUUAAAGCAAAUUUCCAGGAGGUAAUGAUCAGUGGAUGAAAAUAAUUCUGGCUAGGGGUGGUGGCACACACCCCUUUAGUCCCAGUUAGAGGCAAGUGAUCUGUGAGUUUUGGUCCAGCUUGGUCUAUAUAGGGAAUUCAGGCUAGCCAGGGCUUCAGUGAGACCCUGAGGACCUUGAAGCCAAAGAAUCUUUACUGUCUUGUUCUGAGGAUGCUUUCCAGUAUCCCAAAGGAGUAACGAAGGGAAUCAAAGGAUUUCAGAAAUUCUUUUUUGCCAGGAGGCAGUGUACACACCUUUAAUUCUGGUUCUCAAGAGUCUGAAGCAGGGAAAAUCUCUGUGAGUUUGAGACCAGUCUAGUCUAUAAACUGAGUUCCUGGACAUCCAGAGCUACACCAAGAAAUCCUGUGUGGGGGGUAUGGGUAUGGGUAUGGGGGUUCUGUCUUAUUCUUCAUUGCAUCUAGUUUCUGAUCAGAUCACAUUGUGUGUGUGUGUGUGUGUAUAUGUGUGUGUGUGUGUGUGUGUGUGGCUGGUGUUCAACUCUAGGAUCUUAUACAUACUAGACAGACAUUUUCAUCCUAUUCUAAACCUUAGCUACACUCCAGCUGUUCACCUACUUUUUCCCCCAUAGUAGAGUUCAAAGCCCAGAGGCCUCCUGAACUCUAUGCAAAUACUCUACCACUGAACUAUAUCUCCAGUUUUCAUGUGUCCUCUUAAAAUAAGUUUCUGUUUAUAGUAUUUUUAACUCUGCAUUGGACUAUAGUAAGACAGUUUUAGAUAUCAGCCUCUACCCUAGAGGAGUAAGUCUUACUGGUCUAGAGUACUCUUUCCUGAACCUAGGCUGGCCUGGAACUUGCAACAUAGUCAAAAUGACCUUUAAUUUUUGAUGAUAAUGCUUUUACCACCAAGUAUCGGAGUUACAAGUACUCCAAAGAAAACCACAAAAUUCCUUAGCUGCCAGGAAAACCAAGGCCUAGAGAGCUGUAUUGAAGGCUAAGAUAUGCCCAAGUUAAAGAAAAAAAAAAAAGAUAUGCCCAAAUUACCUGACUCGACUUCUCUUCCCAGAUUUUGGAGUAUAUAGGCUGAAGGGUAAAAGAUUUGAAGUGAAUCUCUGUCUAUUGUGAGUCAGACAAGUUCUAGUGUGUCUCAGUUUAUGCUCGUGUACAAAUAAUGGGGGUGAGGAUAGUUCAUCUUUCUUGUUUCUUUGCUUUUUAAGAUAAGGUUUCUCUGUGUAACAGCCCUGGCGGUCAAUUUAUAGACCAGGCUGGCCUCGAACUCACAGAGAUCUGCUUGGUUCUGUCUCCUGAGUGUUAGGAUUAAAGUCCUGGGUCACCACACCCUGUGAUGUUUGUCAUUUAAAGAACAAUUCUAUAAUUUUUGUGAAAGCUGGACCCAGUUGUACAGAUCUGUAGCUAUUCCAGAGGCUGGGUAGGAAGAGUACAAGUUUUUAGGGGCAUCAGGCUAGUCUGGGUAUCUUAGUACAACUCUUGUUUCAAAUAAAAUAAAACCACAAAACAACUUUAAAGAGAGCUAUGGUAUAGCUUAGUAGUUUACUUUCCUAUAACAGAUAGUCUAUAGGAAAUGCUAAGUGUAAUAAAAUACAUUGGUUUCUUGGGCUGGA